GGCAGUCACAGGUACACAGGGUGGAAAACUAUUGUUCUAGAAAGAACACAUAUUGUGCAUAAAUAAAUGCAAGACUUAUAUAACGCACAAAACGAAACGAAACUCCAGCGAAACGUGUUCAAAGUCCGUUAAUCAACAGUGUGGGAAGCAGUAAAAGAAAGUAAUCUACAAAUAUGGACACGCAAAAUACAAUUGAGACUGAUGCAACAGUCGAGGAAUCUUCAUCAUUUCUGGCAGCCGCAUUUCGCGAAAUCUUCUACAGUCCCAUGAACCUUGCUCUGCUUUCCAUCAUUGUCUUCUUGGUCUACAAAAUAGUGCGUGAUCGCACAGAAGGUCCCGGGGCUCGCGACUUGUCUCAGCAACAGGCGGAACCAGAAUUACCAAAGUUGCGACGUGACUUUACGAUCAAGGAGCUGCGACCCUACGAUGGCAAUCAACCGGAUGGUCGCGUCUUGGUUGCCGUGAAUGGUAAUGUCUAUGACGUCACAAAGGGAAAACGGUUCUAUGGUCCUGGCGGACCAUAUGCUACAUUCGCCGGACGCGACGCAUCGCGUAAUUUAGCCACAUUCAGUGUGGUGGCCAAUGAGAAGGACGAGUACGAUGAUCUGAGUGAUCUGGGCGCCAUGGAAAUGGAUUCAGUGCGUGAUUGGGAUAUGCAGUUCAAGGAGAAAUACGAUUAUGUGGGCAAGUUGCUGCGUAACGGUGAGCAGCCGACUGACUAUGAUAACGAGAACGAUGAUGAUGAUGAGGUGCCGCCCGUCGCUGCUGAUGACAAGAAAAAAGAUUAGAGUGGUGGAAAGCAUAGCUGUUGUAACGAUGACUGGGCACAAAGCCGGCGAUUGAGCACUUGAAAUCGGUAUAUCGAACACAGCUUUGCAAUCAACAUAGUUGCAUUCCCCACCACAUCCUCCACAAUACACCACACACUGAUAGCACACCACAGCCUUCCUCUUCUCACCAUACACAUAAUUAUACACACGAAAUGGAACAGGCAACCUGUAAAAACAUUUAGCAAUUUAACGGAAAACUAUACUAAGAUUUAUACAUGUACUAAAGACCAAAAACUAAUGUUGGUAUGAAAAUCUAAUUUGUGCACCACUAAAAAAAAAGAAACCUAAUCAAAAUUGUAUACAUAAAAAGAGUACUUCUUUUCCACUGGCAUGAUUAUUAUUAUUGUUAGCCCGAAGAUUUAAAUACAUGUACAUGUAUAUGAAUAUGGCAUAGUGUUGAUUACAAAAUAAAUAUAUAUUUGGGAAGUA